AUGCCCAAAAAUAAUAAGAAAAACAAAGGUCCUAAAAUUAACACAAUUACAACAAAAGAUGGUGAAGAGAUCAAACUCUUUGAAGAUUUAAAUGAUUUUGAAAUCUACUUGAAGAAUGAAAAAGACGAUGAUAGUGAAUUUGAUAAUCUACAUUGUCAACUGAAAUAUUAUCCACCAUUUGUAUUGAACGAAACACCAGAUAAGGACCCUGAAAAGAUUAAGGACACGUUAAAUUGCCACUCAAAGAAAUUCGUUAGGCAUUUGCAUCAACAUGUUGAAAAACAUCUGUUGAAAGACAUCAAGGAACAUUGUUUGGAUCAACCAAAUUUGAAAUUUAAAGACAAAUCAAAAGAUGUUAAAUUUGAUAAAAUCACCUGGUUUUACAGAGAUCAAACCGAGAUUAAAAAUAAAAAAUUUGAUAUCAAUAUCGAAGUCUCUUGUAAUAAUAACGGUGCUUUAGUUGACGUAGACUAUAAGACUAUACCAAUACAAAAUGAUAUAAUAUAA